AUGAAGCUUUCACAAUUAUUAACUUCCACUGCUUUAUUUGCUUCCGCUGCAUUUGCAGCUUCAAACUCCACCAAUGCUGUCAAUGAAGAUGCUGCUGGACCAAUUUCCACUGUUACCACUGCUGUUCCAACUAUUAAUCCAGGUGACAAUGAUGUUGCUCAUUCAUCUCAUGCUGGUAAAGCUGGUGAUUUAUUCUGGGAUGCUUCAUACGUCAUCAAAUGA